AUGUAACACCAUAGCACUCAGAGUUCAGCUUUCCUGGGUCUGUUUAUAAUCAGUUUUCAUUUCCCAGCUUUCUUUGCCAGGAACGUUAGCUAGACUGAGGAAACAACCUUGCAGGACUUGGAAUCUAACUUCCUUCUUUCUGAACACUCAUUGGGACCCUCUCUUCCUAAUCAUCCUUGGCUCAGACCAGAUCCUCUGUCGGGUAGUUUAGGGACUAUUGUUCUUUUGGGGCCCAAUAACUCUCUCUAUGAUCACUCUUGAUAGUCUGAGAAUUCUGGGCUCCAGGCAUCUUUCCUGGAUGAGAGUGCAUCAGCCCAGGGAUCCUUGGCUCCUGAUGAUACUUGGCAAACAGUGGCUUACUCAUAUGAUGAAUUACUCCCUCACAAUUCUUUUCUAGAGCCACGUGCAGAAAUCCCUACCCAGCAACCUCUCAUCAACUGAAUUUUUCAGAAGCUUUUGCCUAGUCAUCCAUGGGGAAUUUAGGACAUCAAUUCAGGGGUGUCUUGAAAGAGUGAGAGUCUUGGGACUGCUUGGGGAGGUAGACUAAUUAAACUUCCUGAGGGAAGCUGGGGAAUUAGCAGUCAAUAUCUAGAUACUAGCUGGGGGAACCAUAAUCAGUAUCCAGGAACUGCUGGGGGAUGGGGUAAUAAUAAUAAGUACCCAGGUACUAUCUGGGAAGGGGUAUCAAUCAAUAUCCAGAUACUCUCUUUUUUUCUAGACUGAGCUCCUGGAAAUAAAUGAGCUAAACACUUAGUGCUGAUAAACUUUUGAGGGGAUAUAGAAGAGUCAGUCCCUCUGUAGAGGGUAGAAUAUUUCUAAUUUGAUUCUUGUCUCAUAGACUCCUCCCCUAGCAUCCAGAAAUCCUUCCAUUAUAACUCUUUUCUUCACUUAUUUUUCUGGAUCAGUUCUUUCUCACUAGUGGCAUAAGUUAGUCCAAUACACAUUUUUCAGGAGAAAAAAAUUGAGACCCAGUAUGGGGUUUGCCUAGGGCUACAAAGUGAUUAAAUGGAAGACUGAGGACUAGAAUCAAGGCUGUAUUAGGCCCAGUUUUCCACGGUGAAUUUUUAUUUACCCUUCAGGGAAUCAGAGCUACAAAUAAGUCUUGAUUUAUUGUUUUCUUCAUUGUCUCAUUUAGGGAAGUGAGGGGGAAAUUUUUAAUAUAGCAGAUGAAACUUCAAAUUCUUUUUUUUUUUCCGUCAUUCUCUGUUCAAUACUUUUCUCUCUCUCCUUAUUUAAUAGAUAUUUAUUAAGCGCUCAUUCUGUGUAAGGAACAGUGAUGAAAGAAGGAUACAAAGACAAAAAUGAAACCUUUUCUGCUUGCCCAGACCCUUCUCCAGUGCCUUCUCUUUAAGAUCGUCUUUCAUUUACAUCAUGUAUAUCUAUCUAUUGUUAUUAUAUACACAGUUUAUUUGGGCAAUUCAGUGGUGCCAUAGUGCACAGAAUGCUGGGCCUGGCAUCAGGAAGAUUCAUCUUGAAUUCAAAUCCAGCCUCAGACAUAUCCAACCUGUGACCUAGUAAGUACUUAAUAAAUGCUUGGUGACUGACAGACUGAAAUUGUCCCUGCCCUCUGCCAGUUCUUAUGACUAAGCCUGUUUAAAAACACAAAGUAAAUAUGAAGUAAUUUCUAGAGUGGGAGUUAGGCUGUAAUGACUGAAGGCUUUGUUAGAAGAAAGGGUUACAUCUUCAUUUUUUAGUCAACAAUGGUCUCUCUCUCUUUUUUUUUUCACCUUUUAGUCUAGGUUCUGCAGCCUUCUAAAUUAGAUUCACAAUCACUCAAAAGGGUUCAGUCAAAUAAUCUACACAGGAAAAAUGAAAAUAGAUAAAGAAAGCCAAUUUUAGAGCAGGGAUUCUUAACCUAGAGUCCAGGAACUUAAUUGGUGACUUCAUUUCAAUAUAAUUGAUUUCCUUUAUGAUCCUAUGCAUUAUAUGAAACAAAAUUCUUUUUGUUAAACACAGCAUUUUUCAAUGAUAUUCUUUGAGUUUUUUCUUCAAGUGAUGCUAUUUAGUUCUGAAUCAAUCAUGGAAUAUUAUCAAGUCUGGAGAAUCAAAAUUAUGUCACCCAAAGGUCA